CUAGUGCCUGCCUUGUAAAGCCCAUAUGAUCCCUGCAGAGAGUAGAGCUUCAGCCCCCAAAAGAGAAAGGCUCAGUUCCCUAGAGAAGGUGAGGGAAAUAAAGCAGAGACCACCUCCGGCUCCCAGGCAAAGGCAGCCCUAAGCCUGUAGACCAACAAGGACACUUCCAAGGUCUGCUCUAGGGCUCAGGACAGGGAGGCAGAGACUCCUGGGAGCGACGGGGUAAUUACACAGGGUGACUGACACAGACCUAUGGAUCGUCUCUCAGAAGCUCCCCACAGGAGAGACAGCCCCUGUAAAGGGCUCCUGAUCACAGCCUCCAUCUUCAGCUGCUGGAUCCAGGCAACAUCUGCUCAAGGUGACACCAUCUGUGUUGUGGCAAGCCCUCCCUAUGGGAAGGUGGGCAGCGAAGUCACCUUGUCCAUCCAGGGAUUCUCAAAGAUGGCUUGCAGAUAUACCUGGUACAGAAAGUCAGUAGAAUCCUCCAACCAGAUCACCAGCUACCAUAUCCAGACCAGAGUACAAGAGCCAGAAAGCAGCCGGGAGGUGAUAUUCCCUAACGGCUCUCUGCUCAUCCCCAACCUCACCCUCAGUGACAAUGAUGACUACAUCCUACAAGUGGUUCACUCAGAAUGUGAAGUAACAACAGCUCGCACACAUUUACAGGUGUAUGCAGAUCUGCAUUCCACAGGAAUUAUCAAAGCUGGCAUUUUGGUUGGAGCUGUGACUGAGGUGGCCAUAAUUGGGGCCUUCAUCUACGUCCUGUGCAUCAGAAAGAUUGGACGGGCCUCUCAAGGUAUCCUAAGAAAUCCAAUUCUAGGAAGGAGGAUUCGUCAAGCCCAGAAAGAAGGUGAUGACUCCACCCUGUACAUGAAUAAUGCUUUGCUUCAAGGCUGCCCUCGGCUUCUACAGAAGUCAAGACGUUGCCCUGUGAUGUCAUCGGUCCUCUUUGAGAAUGAAGGACGUACAACAACAAACCCAGCUCUCUCUCAUUAACCUACUCAUGGACGUCUCCAACUGGACGCUGUGUAGCCAUGUCAUACUCUACAAAACCAAAACGGACCUCAUUCUCUUUCCUUCCAGACUCUCCCCUCUUCCUAACUUCCCAGUUACUGUCGAGGGUCCCACCACCCUCCCAGUCCUAGGGCUCCCAUCCCUGGGGUCACUGUCCUCUCCUCAUUCUCACUCACCCAACAUAGUCAGUUGCUAAGUUUUGCCAUUUCUGCCCUCACAAAAUCUCUCCCAUGUAACUUCUUCCCACCCAGGGAGCUACCACAGUCACUCAGAGCCUCAUCCCCUCUGGCCUGCUCAAUUAUAAAGGCCUUCUAAUUGGCCUCCCUGCCUUGUCACUUUGCUCUGAAAUCAGUCUUCCAUACAGCUACCAAAGUGAUUUUCCCUGCCCAUAUAACUCUGCUCAAGCAGCUUCAGUGGCUCCCUAUUACCUCAAGAAGUGGAGGUGGGGAGAGGAGUGAGAAAGCCUUCCUGCAAAAGUUGGUGCUAGGGCUGAGCUUAGAAGGGAGUCUUCUAAGAUGCCAAAUGGAAGAGGGAGAAAGGAUCAGACAAAAACUCCUCUGUCUUCAAAGUCCUUCACGUAGACUCCACACAGCCUUUCCGAUCCUAUUACACACUCCUCCCUUUUAUACCACUAACAGCUCUCCCAAACUGACUUUGUUACCCUUCACUGCUCAUCUGCCUCCAGGGCUUUGUAUUGGCAGUCCCUAUGCCCAGAAUACACUACUUCCCUUCCACACAGCCUCUUGUCUCCCUUCCAGGCUGGACUCAAAUACCAACAUGGCAGCUUUCUUGAUACACUCCUCUCGGUGAAUCUGUAAUGGCUACAAUGUAACUUUUUCGAGAGCAGGGACUAUCAUUGUUAUUGUAUCCAUAGUGCCUAGAGCCGGUUGGUACAUAGAAAGAGAUUAAUAAAUGCUUGUGGCCUGGUUGGUGGAUGGAUUGAUUAAGGCCCCUCCCAGCUUUGACAUUCUAUGAUCUAAG